UCAUCAAGUGCUGUCUGAAAAAUUAAAUUAUUUUAUAUUAUGUUAUAUAAAGAAAACAAAAGAAGGCGUUGCUGGAUCGUUAAGGGAGGAGACCCUAGAUUUGCUGAAGAUUGUUUGUAAUUAUGCUCUGGGUUUCUUCAGGGCCUUGUUUAUUCUUUGUGAUUAGCUAUUGGAAUUUAAUAUAUUUGGUUGGUUCUAGUAUCUUCAAGAUCUCAAGUUUCUUUUGAAUUGGAAGACGGCGAUGUGUUGUGUAUGUAUUUCUCAACAGGAAAAUUCAGUUCGUGGAUGUUGUUGUAAACCUGGCUGUCCUUCCUUCUGCCUUGAGAUAGAGAGAGAAAAUCUAACGUCAUCUGAUAUGCAUUCAAACAGCAGGGAGAACGAAAAUGCAGCUUUACAUACAAGUCAAGAACAAACAAAACAUUCUAUUCUUCAUUCAGAGGAGCUUGAAAGCAAAGAUUCAUUGGGAAAUACUGACAAGAAUAGGUUGGAUGUAAUGCUGGAAAGAUCUGGAGAUAGUACUGAUGAUAAAUUUGGACUUCAUCAUAGCAGGACCUUGGAAGAUGUUCGAUCCAUAAUAGAUGGAGAUGAAUCGGAUGGAUCAGAGAGUGCCAUUGACAGCAGUAAUCCAUCAUUUCUAUCGACUACAGAAACCGAUCCAGCCAUCUGGGAGCUACCUGAACCAGCAGACAUCAACAUGGACAGUGUGGCCAACAAUGAUGAUGAUGAUGAAUACAGUGAUGGGACGAAAUGGGGUCAGUCGAGUUGUUUAAGUGGUUUUGAUGUAGAAAACGGAAGCAAUAUUAAAGAAGAGCGGCAGAAAGCAAUGAUGGAGGCAAUGAAUGGGCAAUUUAAGAUACUUGUGAGUCGAUUUUUGGCAUCGGAGGAUAUAAGUUUUUCUGAAGGAGGGAAUGGCGAUAAGUGGCUGGACAUAGUUGCUUCCUUAUCGUGGGAGGCAGCUUUGCUUAUCAAGCCUGAAGCGAGCAAGGGAAAGGCGAUGGAUCCCGGAUCAUAUGUAAAAGUGAAAUGUGUUGCAACUGGAGCUCGUACGCAAAGUGAAGUGAUCAGAGGGUUAGCAUUUAAGAAAAACACUGCACACAAGCACAUGCCAACGAAGUGCAAGAAUCCUAGACUCUUACUUCUGAAGGGAGUCCUUGGGCAUCGUGAAGUUGGGUUGUCAUCAUUCGAAUCAAUGUCAGAGGAAAAAGACGGUUAUUUAAAAUCCAUCCACGAGCUGAUAACAAAAUGCAACCCUAAUGUUGUUUUGGUGGAAAGAUCUGUUUCUCGUGACAUGCAAGAGUUUCUUUUGGAGAAAGGAAUGACUUUGGUCUUUGACAUGAAGCUUACACGUUUAAAUCGCAUUGCCCGUUGUAUUGGUUCUCCAAUUAUAUCUUGCACUGACAUUUUGACCUGUUCAAAGGUGAAGCAAUGUGAUAUGUUCCGCAUUGAAAAGUUUAUUGAGGAACAUAACUGUUCCAGUGAAGGUGGAAAGAGGUCAUCCAAAACUUUAAUGUUUCUGGAAGGUUUUCCUAAACCGUUGGGCUGUACGAUUUUGCUUAAAGGCGCGCCUAUUGUUGAAUUGAAGAAGAUCAAGCGUGUUCUCCAAUACACAGUCUUUGCAGCAUAUCAUUUAAUACUCGAAACUUCAUUUUUUGCCGAUCAAAGAGCCUUAUUUUCUGAUAUGUAUGCAGAAGGAAAUGGUUAUUUAAACGAGAAAACACUGCCUACAAAUUUUUGUGCUGAUGGUGACCGAGCUGGUAUUAUUGAAUCUUAUGCUCUGGAUGCUCCUAGCUCGAAUGGAUCUCUAGAAAAUUCUAUCAGAGUUUUUGUUAUGUCUGCUGCCGCUCGUGUGCCUCAUUUGUUGCUUUUAUCUGAUGCCAUACCCGUACUUGACAUGUUACGGCACCUGACACUUCCUUGGCAUAUUCUUGAACAUAUCCAUACGCUUAUCUCGGGGUUAUCCUCUAAGUGUGGGCAUUCACUGCACAGAGAUUGCCUUCGUUUUUUUGGAUUAGGCUCCAAAGUUGCAAUGUUUAGAUAUUCCUCAGUUGAAAUCUAUGCUGCGUGUAAGCCACCACCGGUAAUGUUGUUCAAUAAUCUAAAUGGACAGGAGUGGAUCAAGAGAGAGGCAAAAUCAGUGCUUCAAAAAGGAGAUCUACUUUUCUCGGAGGUUGCCAACUUUUUACAGAAGUUGAAGCAUGGGGAUUUUGGCGUGUUUCACAAACAAUCUAAGAACUCUUCAGCUGCAGUAAAAGAUCUUCGUAAAGUUGAAGAGAUGUUGAAUCAAGAGAAAUCUGAGUUUGAGGAAUCUUUGCUCAAAGCUAUCAACUUUAGUGGGCAAAUGGGAAUGGGUGUGAAUGAGAUUCUUAGUUUGAGUUGGUUGAAUCAGGAGCUUCUAUUUGAGCUAUACAUAUGGGAUCUUCGUUUACAAUCCCUUCUUCAGUGUACAAAAGAUAAUACCACUUCUGCCGAUGAAAUUCAAGAGAAGAAUUCAGGAAAUUGUGAUAUGGAUAAUAAUGGAAACCAUCAGGUUGCUGAUUUGCAUAGUUCAGUUGAAAAUGGUCAUUCUGUGCCAGUGACUGCGAAUGCAUCAUUUGUCCAAGAUCAAGAAGAAUGUCUUUCAAGUUCUGAGGAUUCUUGUAAUUCCAAAACAAAUGACCCCAAUGAGUGGAUUUGGACCAAUGCAGUCGAACUGCUGAGGGAUUACAGAAUCGACCUCCAUGGUGGUUCCUUGCAAAAAUUUGAUUACGUCCAUUCCUACACUCCAAAAUACUUAACCCCAAUAAAAUUGGUUGCCCAAGACAAAGAGUCAUUGCACUUUCCUCUAGGUGCUGAUGGCGGUGUUAUAUCAUUAUUCGAGGAUGACAUAUCAAGCAUAGUUUCAUGUGCAUUGGCUCUAUACGAGCAUCAAUAUGGUCAAACCGAAAACACAGAUGAGAAAGAUUUGCUCGAAGGCAAAGUAGAACCCAAUGUUGCAAUCGAGAACUCAGUGAGCCAACCAUCUGAUAGUACUAUAGCUUCUUCUUUUUGGUCAUCUAAUGGAUCUUUAGAGUCCGAAGGAAUCCACCCAUCUCGUAGCAUCUCAUCGAUUUCUUCUGAUGAAUCAGCGACAUCUUGUUCUGAAAGUUCGUUCCCUGUUGAUAGAUUGAUAGAUUCAGAGUGUCUUCAUCCUGAAAUCCCCGUUGGUUAUGGAAAACAAGCUGCAAGGAGUAAAUAUUCGGUUGUUUUAGUUCAUGCCAAAGAGUUCUAUGCUCUUCGAAAGAUGUGUUGUUCAUCUGAACUUGCUUACAUUUCUUCGCUAAGUCGUUCCAAGAAGUGGGAUGCUCAAGGUGGAAAGAGCAAAGCUUUCUUUGCGAAGACACUUGAUGAUAGAUUCAUCAUAAAACAAGUCAAGAAAACCGAGAUUGAUUCAUUUCUGAAGUUUGCCCCUGAUUAUUUUAAGCAUAUUUCUUUCUCCAUAAAAACAGGAAGCCAAACAUGUCUAGCAAAAAUCUUGGGAAUAUACCAGGUCAGACAAAAUAGAGGUGGCAAAGAAGUGAAAACUGAUCUGAUGGUGAUGGAAAAUCUUCUCUUCGGACGUAAUUUCACACGCACUUAUGAUCUCAAAGGCGCAAUUUUUUCCAGAUAUGUUUCAGAUCCUAAUGAUCCUGAGAAAAAGGUUCUUUUGGAUCAAAACUUUAUGGAAGAUAUGCGGAUAUCUCCCAUGUACAUUGCAGGAAGAAAUAAACAUCUCUUUCAACGGGCAAUCUGGAAUGAUACAUCCUUUCUAACUUCUAUUAAUGUGAUGGAUUACUCUUUGCUUGUGGGAGUGGAUAAGCAGAGACAUGAACUCGUAUUUGGUAUUAUCGAUUAUUUGAGACAGUAUACAUGGGAUAAGCAUCUAGAGAGCUGGGUCAAAUCUUCUCUGGUUCUUCCUAAAAAUUCAUUACCAACCGUUAUUUCCCCCAAGGAUUACAAAAAUAGGUUUAGAAAGUUCAUGUCGAAGUAUUUCUUGACCAUUCCAGAUGCUAUGGAAAGCUCAACGAUGCUCAAUGGAACCAAAACUUCAUCUAUUGAAAAUCUCCAGAGUAGUCAAGUCGCUGAAGUAUCAUAAAUUUGUUAAAUCCAAAUUUGUCUGUCCUGUAAAUAGUUGUUUAUCUAAGUUUUACCCAAUAUUUUGCGAUUUUUUAGCAAUUUUUUGGGGGUUAGUUGCUCCAUGUAAACUGGUGCUUAUUGGUACAUGUUCUUUUUGUAAUAUCAAAUUGUUGUAUACUGAUUGUAAAAAGACCCGCAGCAUGAUCAUUUGUAUUUCUGUUUGUUUUGAAAAAAAGUCCAGUGGGUUAAAAGGAUGAAA